AGAUUGUCAAGCUAUAUGGGAACAUUGGUGCAAUCUCAACACAAUGUGCCCAUCCAAGUUCAAGAUUGGAAUCAUGUUAGUAAAGAUGUGAAGGAAAAGAUUUGGGCCUUAGUAUUGGAAAAAUAUGAACUAGAAGAAACAUGUAAGAGCUACAUUCUUCAAUGUUGUGGAAAUUUGUUUAGAAGCUAUAGAAAUAAAAUGAAGGCCAAGUAUUAUAACCCUUAUAAUACAGAUGAGGAGAGAUUGUGUCAUCGACCUCCACACUUAUCAGAUGAUGAUUGGAGGUGGCUCAUCCACUUUUGGGGUACACCUGAAGCCAAGGAUAUCUCAGAAAAAAACAAGGCAAAUAGGGCAAAGCAAGUGAUAAAGCAUACAUCGGGAUCAAAAAGUUAUGCUCAAAUUCGAUAUGAACAGACACAAAAGAAAGAGGAUCGAAGUGAGCCCAAUAGAAUUGAGAUGUUUGCCCUGACACACACAAGAAAAGAUGGGACGCCUGUUGAUGAUCAUUCUAAGGAGAUUAUGGAUCAAUUUCAGCAAUUACUAUCCCAACCUGAGGGGACAUCUUCUUCUACUUCUGCAUCAUCUGGAGCAUCUACAUUUGUAUCAUCUACAUCUGUAGCAUCUACAUCUGUAGCAUCUACAUAUGUAGAUGAGAUAUAUACUCAAGUCAUGGGUCCAGAGAGACAUGGUCGUGUUCGAGGGUAUGGAUUUGGUCCUACUCCUACCUCAAUCUUUGGUUCUACUAGUAGAAGGCGAUCCAGAGUUAUUCUUUCAACACAAAUUGAAAAUGCCCAAGAGAUGCUAAUAGCUGCAGAACAAAAGUUUACAACUGCAACUGAAGAACUCUCAAAUGUGAAAGAGAAACUCUCACAUGUGAAAGAAACAUUUGAAGAGAGGUUGAUAGAAGUUCAAUGGAAGACACGAGAAGAAGUGAAAGAAGAGUUUGAAGAAAAAAUGAUGGAAAUGCAAAGAAAAAUGCAAGCACAAAUGCAAGCACAAAUUCAAGAACAGAUGAUGCAAAUGAUGCAACAAUUUCAGCAAAAGCAGUAGAAAUUUGAAGAUUUUGCUACAUCUUUAUAUGAUAGAUUCUCUUAACUUUUUUGAAGAUUAUGCUACUUAUUUAUAUGAUAGAUUCUCCUAACUUUUUUUUA